AUGGUAGACUGCAGAACUGUGGAGCAAGAUGUUAAUGAAUGUAGCUUGAAGCCUGCUAUUUGCACUGGUAUCGCGACAUGUGUAAACACACUUGGUUCUUUCCUAUGCCAAUGCCCGGCGGGAUUUAGGAGCGUUGGCACUGGCUGUCGAGAGUUUGAUGAAUGCGACAAACGGAACUUCACGUGCAGCAUUGAUGCUCACUGCACAAUUGAGAAUGGAACAGUCCCAUGUGUUUGCAAGCCUGGAUUUACUGGAGAUGGAUUUUCCUGUACAGACAUCAAUGAGUGUUUUCUGCCCUCACCACCCUGUGACUAUAAAAGGUGCAUCAAUGAGGUGGGAAAAUAUUCAUGCUGCCAACUCGGGUAUAGAGCCAAUAGGACAAUUCCAGGGAUCGAAGAAUGUACAAUACAAGCAUGCCCAUCCGUGAGUAGUCUCAGAGGCACCGUCACCGACAUAACCCCUUUGUUGAAGAGAUUGGCCUGCCUUCCGGGCUUGGAAUUCCCGCCUGGCACACCAACACUGCAGUACUGUGACGGUCAAAGCUUGUGGCCAAUUUGUGAGGAUAUUAAUGAAUGUAAUCUGAAGACCCACAACUGCAAUAGCCAGUCAGCAACAUGUGCUAAUAUCUAUGGGUCCUAUGAACAUGGGUUCCACCUCUCGAAGCAGGAGUUCAGGGACGGCCUUGCCUUGCGGUAUGACUGGCCUCUCCUCGAUGUCCCCACGAAGUGUGCCUUCGGAGUUCUGUUCUCCACUGCUCAUGCCAUGUGUUGCCCCCGGGGUGGCUUCCCUACAAUCCGCCAUAACGAAGUCCGUGACAUGGUAGGGGAGCUGCUCACGGAGGUCUGCCACGCAGUGGCAAUCGAGCCUCAGCUAGCCCCGCUCUCUGGAGAGGUGUUUACGGCUGCAUCGACAAACACCGCCGAGGAUGCCCGCGCUGAUGUCCGUGCCCGUGGCUUCUGGACCCGAGCACAGGAUGCUUUCUUUGAUGUACGCGUCUUCCAUCCUGAUGCGGCGUCCUACUCAGCCCAACCACUGGAUGCCCUACUGCUUCAGCACGAGCGCCAGAAGAAGCUGCAGUAUGGAGAGCGAAUCCUCAUUGUGGAUCGUGGCACAUUCAGCCCGCUGGUGUUGUCAACUUCUGGUGUUGCCGCCCCUGAAUGCGAAAUGUUCCUUAAGCGCCUCUGUGGCUUGCUUGCCAGGGCUGAUUCCAGCAUGCCCUAUGCACACCAUGUUGCAUAUGUGCGCUGCAGGCUGUCUUUCGCGCUGCUCCGGUCCGCUGUCAUGUGUGUUCGUGGGUCUCGGUCGGCAUACCAUCGUCCAGAACUUAAUGAAUGCGAAAAGCGGAAUUUUACAUGCAGCAGUGAUGCUCACUGUACUAAUCAGACUGGGACAUUCUCAUGUGUUUGCAAGCCUGGAUUUAUUGGAGAUGGAUUUUCCUGUACAGAUAUUAAUGAAUGUAAUCUGAAGACCCACAACUGCAGUAGCCAGUCAGCAACAUGUGCUAAUAACUAUGGGUCCUAUGUAUGCGAGUGCCGUCCAGGGUUUAAAACCUGGAAUGGCACUGACUGUCAAGAACUUAAUGAAUGCGAAAAGCGGAAUUUUGCAUGCAGCAGUGAUGCUCACUGUACUAAUCAGACUGGGACAUUCUCAUGUGUUUGCAAGCCUGGAUUUACUGGAGAUGGAUUUUCUUGUACAGAUCUGAAGACACCUGGCAGACUGAACUCGACGAACUUGGUGGCUGCCAUUGCCGGAUCUAUCGCUGCCGCUGUAAUUGUACUUAUUGUGGUGGCCUUCGUAGUACUGCGACGUCGCUCGCGGAGAUCUGGCAACGCGGAGUGGAGAAAGCCAUUAGCGCCGCUCACGGGAAUGCUCAGCACGUCCAUGCUCCUAAGGUCCAGAAUGUCUCCCGUGCAGAGCGAGCGACCGCGCGCAACGUCCGACACUAGAACCAUCGUACAGCGGCCGCCGUGUCAGGAGGCAGCCUGCUCCCUGACCAGCGAAUACACCAGCGGAUACGUCAGCAAAAACGCCUGGGACCGGGGACCAUCGUGCGGCGAUGAUGAGUCCAGCUCCGAGACCAGCAGGUACGCCAGCAAAGCCGCCCAAGAAAAGAAAUCAUGCGAGGAGGAGGAGAACUUCGACGAGACCAACAGAUACGCCAGCCCUAAACUGAUUAGAAAAGAAUACUCGUGUUAGAGUUCCAUGUUACUUGCAGAAUGUACGUAGAGAGUAGACAAAAAUGAUUUCACCCCCCCACCCCCCACACACACUCAAACAAGCAGAUGCACUCCCUCGGCCCGUGUAUGCACAUGCUUGUUGGCCGCGCCAUUGCAUUCACUUGAACACCAUGCAUGACGUCACGCAAGCGCCUACUUACUAGUACUGGUCAUCAGUAGCUAGUGGCCAGUGAGUUUGGCUGAAUACUGUCCAGACCUGCAGCUCUGCUUUGCUCUGAUAAUGUGUAUGCCGAGUUGACCUCUGCUGAUGGCCUUCUACCUACCAAAAUGAUCUAUCAUAAUAAUAGCAAGCCAUAACCAUUUUUAUUUAUUUAUGUACCCUUGAUAAGUAUGAGAAGUCUCCGUCUUUUUUAAAUCCAUUUAGUGUUGCAGCUCUGUUUUAGUCUGAUA